GGGCGGGACCUGGACAGACGACCGAUGAAAACGCCCACCAGUAAAGUCAACCUCCUUCGUUCGAAUACCGAGUCUUCUCUCUCUUCUCUUCUCUUCUCUCUGCGCGCAGAGCAUUGCAGAAAGCAGCCAGCGAGCGAGCGAGCGAUCGAUCAUCAUCAUGCACGGCAAAGAAAUCCUGCACAAGAUGAAGGUGAAAGCUGGGUUAAGUACAUGCUUGCCAGACACGGGAAAGGGUAAAGGCAAAGCUUCUAAGAACAUCUCCCAUGGCUAUCACUUAAUGAAGGGAAAGUCGAAUCAUGCCAUGGAAGAUUAUGUAGUUUCCGAUUUCAGGCAGGUGGAAUCAAAAGAGUUGGGUUUAUUUGCGAUAUUUGAUGGUCAUUUAGGCCAUGAAGUUGCAAAUUACCUGCAAACGCAUCUGUUUGACAGUAUUUUGAAGCAGCCAGACUUCUGGGCUGAUACUGAGGCUGCAAUUAGGAGAGCCUAUCACACAACGGACAAGGUAAUAUUAGAGAAAGCACUUGCCUUAGGAAAAGGAGGGUCAACUGCAGUGACGGCAAUACUGAAUGGCCAGACUUUGGUGGUGGCAAAUGUAGGAGAUUCUCGUGCUGUCAUAUGUAAGAAGGGUAAAGCCGAACAACUAUCAGUUGAUCAUGAGCCAAACAGGGAAAAGAGGUUGAUUGAAAGCAGAGGUGGAUUUGUAUCCAAUAUUCCUGGAGAUGUUCCGCGAGUUGACGGUCAGCUGGCUGUAGCAAGGGCUUUUGGUGAUAAAAGCUUAAAGAUCCACCUGAGUUCUGAGCCAGAUGUUAGAGUGGAGACGAUUAAUGAAGAAUCUGAAUUCAUCAUUCUGGCUAGUGAUGGAAUAUGGAAGGUGAUGUCAAAUCAGGAAGCAGUGGACUCUAUCAAAAACAUUAAGGAUGCUCAGUCGGCCGCGAAGCAUCUGAUAGACGAAGCUCUUAAUAGGAACAGCAAGGAUGACAUCUCUUGUAUAGUUGUAAAGUUGCAAUGAGACACCAUUAUGUUAGGCCAUCACAUGCAAUGGACCAAUAAGCCCUUUACUUAAAGCGAAGCACUAUGCUUCGCUAAGCCAGUGGUCUUUAAAGGAUAUGAUGCUGAUCAGGAUCAACUUUGCGAUGUCGGAUUCCUUCAUACUGUUUCUGGA